AUGUCCCGCCACCCCGCCAGCAGCGUGACCCGGCCCAAUGCGCACGUCGUGGCGCCCGUGGCGACGUUCCUGUCCAGCUCCGUCGAGGAAGCGACCGGUGCGCGGGCUCCGGACGCCCCUGAGAUCAAGACCUACAAGCUCGGGAAGCGCAAGUACAGCUACAACGAGAUCGAUAUCCGCCUGAUCGACAUGGACACGAGGCGCACGCUGUGCGUCGCCGAGGCUCGGCGCAUGUCGACUGGCAGCGGGUCUAUGUUUGCGGCGCCCGCGCCGCGGUCCGUGCAGGACGCGUCCAUCGCGUACGCCGCGCGCCUGGAGACCGGCCUGAUGGUCUGCGUCGGGAUCUGGGCGGUGCGCGAGGACCCCGUCGCGACGUGCCGCGCGUUGGAUGAGCUGUGCCACGCGCCGGGCGGGCCAGCGCCCGCGCACGCGACGCCGGGGGCGGGGGCCUCGGUGCUGGCGUCGCCCGGGAUGCGCCAGGCCGCCGCGGCGCUCACGGGCCGCCGGUUCCCGCCGGACGCGGCGCCCGAGGGCGCGGCGGGCAGCGGCGACGCCGAGGCCAGCAAAGCGUUCUUUUGGGAGCCUCUGAAGCGCGAACAGUGCGCCAAGGGGUGCCAGGGGCCGAUCCUGCGGCCGAUUCAGCGGUUCGGCCGCGCGAGCACGGGCCGGAGGCCCAACGACGGGAUGGGCGCGGGCGGCGCAACGUCGGUGGCGGACCUCCACCGCGGCGGCGCGCUGAAGGACCCGAAGAAGGUGUACGUGUCGGUCGACGAGGCAUGCACACACAUUGACGUGCAACGCAUCCGGCUCCUGCUGGCCGUGUACGAGCACGCCACGGGCUGCAUGAUCGCGUCCGGCGUCACGGAACCCAUCCGCGCCCUCGCCAACAACGACGUCCCGGACGGAGCCGCCAAGAUCUCCGUCACUGUGCCGCUCGUGCCCGGGGCGGGCGGCUUCCUCGCGAACAGCGCCGCCGGGAACGCCGCGAGCACGCCCACAUCGCUCGCAGCGCCGGGCGCGACGCGCCGGCGCCGGUCCCUGCGGCCGGUGCUCGCGAGCCUGAACACGCUGGGCGACGUGGGCACGCCCUACACCCCGCACUCCGGGCGCCGCGGGCAGGCGUCGGGCGGCGCGGCGGAGCUCGAGUCCGUGUCGGACACGCCGAUGAGCACGCCGCGGUACCCCGCGGUCGCGCCGUCGGCGAGCCGCGGGCGGUCGCCGCCAUCGGCGGGGAACGCACUCUCGACGCCGCCGUCGUCACCGCUCGCGAAGCGCAGGCGCUCCGCCGCGUCCGUGUCGCCGCCGCGCAACGGCGCGAACGCGGCCGCGACGCCGCGGCCGCGCGGGAAGGCGCCGGGCCUGGCUGGUGCGUCGGGUGCGGUGGUGUUGGGGGGGCCUGGGUCAUGUUUCAGGCCGUUUGGCGGCGCGGGCGGGCAGGCGGCGGCCGCUGGCGAUGAGGGGCCGAUGCUGACGGGACGGGGUGGCCGGGAGGGAGCUGGCGGGCUGGGUGGCGGGGAAGGGGGGGGGUCUGCGGCGGAGUCAGACCAAGGCGUGGUUGGGGAGGUGUUGCGGUCGCGGAAAGGCGCCCUGGGAGCGGGAGGCUCGCCGCAGAGGGCCGUGGCGCCUGCUGGGGACGCUGAGACUGCGUAG